AUGCCUACGUUAACAGGCGCCACGUACCCACUCUCCGCCUCCGUCUGCUCUCUCUUUCUUCAUAGAGGCUUACUGAGCUUCAAAUUUUGUGACUUCGAGAUCCAGACAGCUCAGCAAAUGACCCCGGUCUCGGUGUCCCAACCAGCUGCUCAGCCGUCCUUCAACCCCGCGACCUCCAAGCCGCCGCCGCCGCCGCCGCCGCCGCCCGCCAGCAGCGCGCCAGCAGCACCGUCGCCACCGCUGCCGCCCUCGCACCAGGCGACCAUGCAGACCAGCCGCCGACGCGGCCGCAGCGCCGCCCCGGCCGGACCCCCCCUGGACGAACCCGCAGCUCUCGACUCCAUCCGCCGCCACGCCAUCACCGCCGUCAACCGUCCAGAGCUCAACCGACGGAUCUUAGACGCCAUUCCUGCCACCGCGCGCUUCGUGCUAAUCGGGGAGGCAUCGCACGGCACCAAAGAGUUUUACGACCGGCGAUUUCCCCGCUGGAUGUGGCACAACCGCUCCGUGGAGAAAUUCGUUGAAUGGCUCCGAAACCACAACCUGAAUGUCGUACGACCAGGCGCGGACAGUUCCAAGGACGUGAUUGCGGCGGCUCGGCGGUGCGGGUUUUACGGCAUGGACGUGUAUUCUUUGCACAGCUCUGCCGACGCGGUGCUGGGAUAUCUUCGCCAGACUGACCCCCAGGCGGCUCGAGUGGUGGAGGCCAGGUACCGCUGCUUCGACAGGUACGGCGCUGACGCACAGAGCUACGGCCUGGCAACAUCCAUCUUCCAUAAGGCUAGCUGCGAGGAGUCCGUCAAUCGGGCGCUGUACGACAUCCGCCGCAGGGUUGAGUCGUACAGGGCGGCCCCUGAUGGCCCUGCCUCCCAGGAGGAUGCCCUGGCGGUGGAGGCCAAUGCCAUGGUGGUAUCGGGAGCUGAGGCCUACUACCGGAAUAUGUUCACCCGGGACGAGAUCACCUGGAACCUCCGCGACACGCAUUUCUUUAAUACGACACAGCUGGUGGAGAAGCACCUCGCCAGGCUGCAGCAGGCGGCGGCGGCGGAGGCGGCAGCGGAGGCGGACGGCGGUACGGCAGCAGCGACGCCGCCGCAGCCAAAGAUGGUUCUGUGGGCGCACAACAGCCACCUGGGAGAUGCCCGAUAUACCGACGCGGGCUGGCGGAGAAGCCAGCUCAAUAUCGGACAGCUGGUACGGCAGGAGUACGGCGAUCAGGCUGUGUCAAUCGGCUUCACGACCCACACCGGGCGCGUGACAGCCGCAGACGAGUGGGGUGAGGCCGCGAGGCACAUGAAGGUCCGGCCCUCCCUUCCCGGCUCCUACGAGCACCUGAUGCAUGCCGCGGUGUUCGGGAGUAGCAGUAGCGGCGGCGGCGGCGGCGGCGGCGGCCGAGGAGGAGGGGGAGGGGGCGGGGGAGGGGGACGGAAGGAACACCAGUGCCAGGACCAGCAUCAGGAGGGAGGAGGGGGAGGAGGAGGCGGCAUGGGAGGAGGAUUGCCGCCCGUGUUCGCGCUCAACCUCCGCAAUGAGGAGCUUGCGGAGCGGCUGCAGGGCCCUCUGCUAGAACGCGCCAUCGGUGUCAUCUACCGCCCGGACACGGAGCUUCAGUCGCACUACUUCGAGGCGGUGUUGCCCCGCCAAUUCAAUAUCCUUAUUCACGAGGACGCCACGCGGGCUGUGGUCCCCAUCGAGCCCGGUGACGAGUGGGCUCUGGAUACCGGGCUGGAGGUGACCCACGGGGACAUGCCGGAGCUGUGGCCCAGCGGCGUGUGA